GCACUGCUGACAUUCAGGGAUGUGGCCAUAGAAUUCUCCCAGGAGGAGUGGGGAUGCCUGAACCACACUCAGCGGGAACUGUACAGGGAUGUGAUGUUAGAGAACUACGGACACCUCCUCUUCCUGGGUCUCAUUGUGUCAAAGCCUGAUUUGGUCUCCUUUUUGGAGCAAACGAAGGACCCUUGGGAUGGGAAGAGAAAGGAGACAGUAGCCUUUCAUCCAGGUAGGUGGGAAUGA